CAAAGUAGUGCCAGAGUUGCGCGAGAGAGGUGCGCGCACACACACAAACACACACAUUCUCUCACACUCACACGCGGAAAGCGAGGAGAGCGCGAGAGACGAAGACGGAUAAGAAUGGGGCGCGAGGCACUGCCGGAAUAACCAACAACUACAGACAGACAGACGGACGGACGGACAGACAGAAACGGAGCUGAAACUCUUUUUCGGAGAACUCGGAGCCAUGCACGCGCUCCGCUGGGGUUUGGUGCUCGUGCUUGUGCGAGUCGCCGGAGGCCAGAACACAGCAGUUCAAAUGGGACACGCUGAGAAAGGCGGUUGCUCGUUUGAUGACGGUCCAGCUCAGUGUGAUUACCAGCAGGACCCGUAUGAUGACUUUGACUGGACUCACGUCAGCGCUCAGGAAGUGCCGUACCUGUCCUCAGAGCUACCUCAAGGUUCCUACAUGAUGGUGGACUCGUCUCAGCACGACCCUGGAGAGAAAGCUCGUCUGAUGCUGCCGGUGAUGAAGGAGAACGACACUCACUGUAUCGACUUUAACUACCUGCUGUUCAGCCCCGACGGCUCCAGCCCCGGAGCGCUCAACGUCCUGGUGAAGGUCAACAAAGGCCCGCUGGCCAACCCCAUCUGGAACAUCACCACGCACACCGGAAAGGACUGGAAGAAGGCCGAGCUGGCCGUCAGCACCUUCUGGCCCAACGAGUACCAGGUGAUAUUCGAGGCGGAGGUCUCGAGUGGACGGAGGGGUUUUAUAGCGAUAGAUGAUGUUCAGGUGCUGAGUUAUCCCUGCGAUAAAUCUCCUCAUUUCCUGCGUUUGGGGGACGUGGAGGUCAACGCAGGUCAGAACGCCACCUUCCAGUGCAUCGCCACCGUCCGGGACGCCGUCAACAACAAGCUCUGGCUACAGAAGCGUAACGGUGAGGACAUCCCUGUGGCCGAGAAGAAGAACAUCAACCACAGGAAGUUCGCCGCUUCGUUCCGCCUCAAAGAAGUGACCAAUCAGGAUCAGGAUCUGUACCGAUGCGUCACCCAAUCAGAGAGGGGCUCCGGGGUGUCCAACUUCGCCGCACUCAUCGUCAGAGAACCCCCGAGGCCUAUCGCUCCACCUCAGCUGCUGGGCGUGGGGCCGACGUAUCUUCUCAUCCAGCUCAAUGCCAACUCUAUCUUCGGCGAUGGCCCCAUCAUCCUGAAGGAGGUGGAGUACCGCAUGACCUCCGGAACAUGGACUGAGAUCCACGCCGUCAACUCGCCAAACUACAAGCUUUGGCACCUGGACCCAGAUACUGAGUAUGAGAUCCGGGUGCUGUUGACCCGGCCGGGCGAGGGGGGCACUGGGCAACCUGGACCAGCUCUUAUUACACGGACGAAAUGCGCAGAGCCGAUGCGGACCCCGAAGACCCUGAAGAUCGCUGAGACUCAGGCCCGGUUUAUCGCGGUGGACUGGGAGUCCUUGGGCUACAACAUCACUCGCUGCCACACCUUCAACGUCACCAUCUGCUACCACUACCUGACCAGCAGGAACCUGACCAAGAGCGACUGUCUGGACAUGGACCCCAAAGCUCCCAGACAUGUGGUGGACAACCUGCCCCCGAACACCAACAUCAGCCUCAAAAUGAUCCUCACCAACCCAGAGGGGCGCAAAGAGAGCGAAGAAACAAUCAUACAGACUGAAGAGGAUGUUCCUGGCCCCGUUCCCAGUGCCUCUCUGAAAGCGACUCCGUUUGAGGAUCGAAUCUUUCUGCACUGGAAAGAGCCUCUGGAGCCCAACGGGAUCAUUACACAGUAUGAGAUCAGCUACAGCAGCGUGCGUUCGUUUGACCCCUCCGUGCCGUUAUUGCGCCCCCCGGUGAUGGUUUCAUUACCCUGGAACUCGUCCCAUCACGUCUUCUCUCAGCUCCACCCAGGAACCACCUACCAGUUCCUGAUCAGAGCCAGAACCAGCAAAGGCUUCGGACCCCCGACCACCAUCAACAUCACCACUAAUAUAUCAGCUCCCACCCUGGAGGAGUACGACGGCUCUGAGGCCUUCCUGAACGAAACGGCCACCACCAUCACCGUCCUGCUCAAACCCGCACAGGCCAAAGGAGCGCCCAUCAGCGCGUAUCAGAUUGUGGUGGAGGAGCUGAACCCCCACCGGACUCGGCGCGAGGCGGGCAGCAUGGACUGUUAUCAGGUUCCAGUGUCCUACCAGACCGCCGCCAGCGGGGGGUCACCAUACUACUUCGCAGCAGAACUUCCACCCGGGAAUCUUCCAGAACCUUCUCCAUUUACAGUGGGAGAUAACAAAACCUACCACGGCUACUGGAACGCCCCGCUGGCCCCCAGGAAGAACUACAACAUCUACUUUCAGGCCGUCAGCAGCGUGGAGAAGGAAACCAAAACGCAGUGUCUGAGAUUGGCAACUAAAGGAGCCACAGAGGAGCCAGAAGUGAUUCCAGACCCGGCGAAGCAGACUGACCGUGUGGUGAAAAUCGCCGGAAUCAGCGCCGGAGUGCUGGUGUUUAUUCUGCUGCUGCUGGUGGCCAUUCUGCUGGUCAAGAAAAGGAAACUGGCAAAGAAACGCAAGGACGCCAUUGGAAACACCAGGCAGGAGAUGACCCACAUGGUGAACGCGAUGGACCGCAGCUACGCGGAGCAGAGCACUCUACACGCCGAGGAUCCGAUGUCCGUCACCUUCAUGGACUCGCACAGCUUCAACAACCGCUUGCCCAACGAUCCGCUCGUGCCCACGGCGGUGCUAGUGCCCAUCACCGAUGAGAACCACGCGGCGGCGGCGGAGAACAGCCGCCUGCUGGACGUCCCACGGUAUCACUGCGAGGGGACGGAGUCUCCGUACCAGACGGGUCAGCUUCACCCGGCUAUCAGAGUGGCUGAUCUGCUCCAACACAUCAACCUGAUGAAGACGUCCGACAGCUACGGGUUUAAGGAGGAGUACGAGAGCUUCUUUGAGGGCCAGUCGGCUUCCUGGGACGUAGCGAAGAAAGAGCAGAACCGCACCAAGAACCGUUACGGAAACAUCAUUGCAUACGAUCAUUCUAGAGUGAUCCUGCAGCCAAUGGAGGACGACCCGUCAUCCGACUACAUUAAUGCCAACUACAUAGACGUAAGUGGCGAUGCCUCCCCCCCCUCCAUUGGCGAAGGUGUCAGAAACAGCUCUCCCUCGCUCAUUUGGCUGUACAGGGAUGGUUACCAGCGGCCGAGCCACUACAUCGCAACACAAGGUCCAGUUCACGAGACGGUUUACGACUUCUGGAGGAUGAUCUGGCAGGAGCAGUCGGCCUGUAUCGUCAUGGUAACCAACCUGGUGGAGGUGGGACGGGUGAAGUGUUAUAAGUACUGGCCGGAUGAUGCGGAGGUGUAUGGAGACUUUAAGGUGACGCUUGUGGAGGUGGAGCCUCUGGCGGAGUACGUGGUGCGCACCUUCACUCUGGAGCGGAGGGGUUUUAACGAGCUGAGGGAGGUGAAGCAGUUCCAUUUCACCGGCUGGCCUGAUCACGGAGUGCCGUAUCAUGCCACGGGACUACUUUCCUUCAUCCGCCGCGUCAAAAUGUCCAACCCGCCCAGCGCAGGGCCGAUAGUGGUGCACUGCAGUGCUGGAGCGGGCAGGACGGGCUGUUACAUCGUGAUUGACAUCAUGCUGGACAUGGCAGAGAGGGAGGGAGUGGUGGACAUCUAUAACUGCGUUAAAGCCCUGCGCUCCAGACGCAUCAACAUGGUCCAGACUGAGGAGCAGUACAUAUUCAUCCAUGACGCCAUUCUGGAGGCGUGUCUGUGCGGAGAUACAGCCAUUCCAGCGUGCGAGUUCAAAGCUGCGUAUUACGACAUGAUCCGCAUCGACUCUCAGAGCAACUCCUCACACCUCAAAGAUGAGUUCCAGACGUUGAACUCAGUGACCCCUCAGCCCCAGCCGGAGGACUGCAGUAUAGCCCUGCUGCCCCGAAACCACGACAAGAACCGCUUUAUGGACAACCUGCCCCCGGACCGCUGCCUGCCCUUCCUCAUCACCAUUGACGGGGAGAGCAGCAACUACAUCAAUGCUGCACUCAUGGAUAGCUACAGGCAGCCUGCGGCAUUCAUCGUGACACAGCACCCCCUGCCCAACACGGUGAAGGACUUCUGGAGGCUGGUGUACGAUUACGGCUGCACCUCCAUCGUCAUGCUCAACGAAAUAGACCUGGCUCAGGGCUGUCCUCAGUACUGGCCGGAGGAGGGCAUGCUGAGGUACGGGCCGGUCCAGGUGGAGCGCGUGUCUUGCUCUAUGGACUGUGAUGUCAUCAGCCGCCUAUUCAGAAUAUGCAACCUGACCAGACCUCAGGAGGGAUACCUGAUGGUGCGCCAGUUCCAGUACCUGGGGUGGGCAGGGCACAGAGAAGUCCCCGCCUCCAAGCGGUCAUUCCUGAAGCUGAUCCUGCAAGUGGACAAAUGGCAGGAGGAGUGUGAGGAGGGGGAGGGGCGUACGAUCGUACACUGCCUGAACGGAGGAGGCCGCAGUGGGAUGUUUUCAGCCAUCAGUAUCGUCUGUGAAAUGAUUAAGAGGCAGAACGUGGUGGACGUGUUUCAUGCAGUGAAAAGCCUGAGGAACAGCAAACCCAACAUGGUGGACAGUCCGGAGCAGUACCGGUUCUGCUACGACCUGGCGCUGGAGUACAUAGAGACCUCGUAAUGGAGAAGUGAGGAAGGCGUUUCUUCGUUUUCUCGCUUUUC